AGCUGUCACACACACUCACACCCUCCUGCAGCACAACACCAACAUGACUGCCUCCACAAUGUCCAUCUGUUCCAGUGACCUGAGCUAUGACAGCCGGGUCUGCCUGCCUGGCUCCUGUGAGUCUUGCUCUGAUUCCUGGCAGGUGGACGACUGCCCAGAGAGCUGCUGUGAGCCCUCCUGCUGCACCUCCAGCUGCUGCCAGCCCAGUUGUUGUGAGACCAAUUGCUGUGCCCCAGACCCCUGCCUGACACUCAUCUGCACCCCAGUGAGCUGUGUGUCCAGACCAUGCUGCCAGUCAGGCUGCACCACCUCCUGCACACCUGUGUGCUGCCAGCAGUCGAGCUGCCAGCCAGCCUGCUGCUCCUCGUCCUGCCAGCCAUCCUCCUGUGUACCCACCUGCUGCACACCUGUCUGUUGCAAGCCUGUGUGUUGCACACCUGUGUGCUAUAAGCCUGUCUGUUGCACACCCGUCUGCUCUGGUGCCUCCUCCUCCUGCUGCCAGCCUACCUGCUUCUCCUGCUCCCCCUGCCAGCCAGCCUGCUGCGUGCCCAGCUGCUGCACGCCCUCCUGCUCCUCUGUGUCCCUGCUCUGCCGCCCCGUGUGCAGACCCACCUGCUGCCUGCCCUCCUCCUCCUGCUGCACCUCGUCCUGCCAGCCCAGCUGCUGCCACCCAUCCUCCUGCGUGUCCCUGCUGUGCCGUUCCGCCUGCCCCCGCCCCUCCUGCUGUGGCCUCUCCUUGGGCCAGAAGUCCUGCUGCUGAUGGGAUCAGUGCCCUGUUCCUAUGGGCCUGCUCCUGAGCAGGACUGCCAACUCUUGACAGCCAACUCUUGACAGCUAACUCUUGACAGCACUGCAUGCUGCUUUGGGCCAUCAUGUUGCUUUGGGUCCACAUAGCUGCUACUUGAAAGGAGUCUGAAUGUAUCACCCAUUCCCUUCUUUUUCUGAGAAAAGCUAACUUGUCCACAGUGUGGACUGUGGAUCUCUGGGUCACUUUCUCAGAAAGUUUGUUGAGUUGGAUGUAACAAAGAUCAAUGACUAUAACCAUUAAAGUGUUGUGUCAGGAAA